GGAGAGCGCACGCGCACAGCGCCCGGCCGCCCACCUUCAGGCUCUGGGCGGGACCUCCGGGCGGCGUGGGCGGGACCGGACUCUCUGGCCCACCCCUCCGUGUCCCCGCUGCUCUCCAGUGAACGCCGACGUCGUGACGUCGCGUUCCGUAGGGCUCUUACCCGGCUUUGGUGGGUCACGUGAGCUACUUUUCGCGCGAAACCUGGUUGUUGCUGGAGUGGCUGAGAGGAUCGUGGUACUGCGAUGGCGGAAUCAUCGGAGUCCUUCACCAUGGCAUCCAGCCCGGCCCAGCGUCGGCGAGGCAAUGAUCCUAUCACCUCCAGCCCUGGCCGAAGCUCCCGGCGUACUGAUGCCCUGACCUCCAGCCCUGGCCGUGACCUUCCACCCUUUGAGGAUGAGUCUGAGGGGCUCCUAGGCACAGAGGGGCCCCUGGAGGAAGAAGAGGAUGGAGAGGAGCUCAUUGGAGAUGGCAUGGAAAGGGACUACCGUGCCAUCCCAGAGCUGGACGCCUAUGAGGCAGAGGGACUGGCUCUGGAUGAUGAGGACGUAGAGGAGCUGACGGCCAGUCAGAGGGAGGCAGCAGAGCGGGCCAUGCGGCAGCGUGACCGGGAGGCUGGCCGGGGCCUGGGCCGCAUGCGCCGUGGGCUCCUGUACGACAGCGAUGAGGAGGAGGAGGAGCGCCCUGCCCGCAAGCGCCGCCAGGUGGAGCGGGCCACAGAGGACGGCGAGGAGGAUGAGGAGAUGAUCGAGAGCAUCGAGAACCUGGAGGACCUCAAGGGCCACUCUGUGCGCGAGUGGGUAAGCAUGGCGGGCCCCCGGCUGGAGAUCCACCACCGCUUCAAGAACUUCCUGCGCACCCACGUGGACAGCCAUGGCCACAAUGUCUUCAAGGAGCGCAUCAGCGACAUGUGCAAAGAGAAUCGUGAGAGCCUGGUGGUGAACUAUGAGGACCUCGCAGCAAGGGAGCACGUGCUGGCCUACUUCCUGCCCGAGGCGCCGGCGGAGCUGCUGCAGAUCUUUGAUGAGGCUGCCCUGGAGGUGGUACUAGCCAUGUACCCCAAGUACGACCGUAUCACCAACCACAUCCAUGUCCGCAUCUCCCACCUGCCUCUGGUGGAGGAGCUGCGCUCGCUGAGGCAACUGCAUCUGAACCAGCUGAUCCGCACCAGUGGGGUGGUGACCAGCUGCACUGGCGUCCUGCCCCAGCUAAGCAUGGUCAAGUACAACUGCAACAAGUGCAAUUUCGUCCUGGGGCCUUUCUGCCAGUCCCAGAACCAGGAGGUGAAACCAGGCUCCUGUCCCGAGUGCCAGUCGGCCGGCCCCUUUGAAGUCAACAUGGAAGAGACCAUCUAUCAGAACUACCAGCGUAUCCGAAUCCAGGAGAGUCCAGGCAAAGUGGCGGCUGGCCGGCUGCCCCGCUCCAAGGACGCCAUUCUCCUUGCGGAUCUGGUAGACAGCUGCAAGCCAGGAGACGAGAUAGAACUGACUGGCAUCUAUCACAACAACUAUGAUGGCUCCCUCAACACUGCCAAUGGCUUCCCCGUCUUUGCCACUGUCAUCCUGGCCAACCACGUGGCCAAGAAGGACAACAAGGUCGCUGUAGGGGAACUGACCGAUGAAGACGUGAAGAUGAUCACUAGCCUCUCCAAGGAUCAGCAGAUCGGGGAGAAGAUCUUUGCCAGCAUUGCUCCUUCCAUCUAUGGUCAUGAAGACAUCAAGAGAGGCCUGGCUCUGGCCCUGUUUGGAGGGGAGCCCAAAAACCCAGGUGGCAAACACAAGGUACGUGGCGAUAUCAACGUGCUCUUGUGUGGAGACCCUGGCACAGCAAAGUCGCAGUUUCUCAAGUAUAUUGAGAAAGUGUCCAGCCGAGCCAUCUUUACCACCGGCCAGGGGGCGUCGGCUGUGGGCCUCACAGCGUAUGUCCAGCGGCACCCUGUCAGCAGGGAGUGGACCUUGGAGGCUGGGGCCCUGGUUCUGGCUGACCGAGGAGUGUGUCUCAUUGAUGAAUUUGACAAGAUGAACGACCAGGACAGAACCAGCAUCCAUGAGGCCAUGGAGCAACAGAGCAUCUCCAUCUCGAAGGCUGGCAUCGUCACCUCCCUGCAGGCUCGCUGUACCGUCAUUGCUGCCGCCAACCCCAUAGGAGGGCGCUACGACCCCUCGCUGACCUUCUCUGAGAACGUGGACCUCACAGAGCCCAUCAUCUCACGCUUCGACAUCCUGUGUGUGGUGAGGGACACUGUGGACCCAGUCCAGGAUGAGAUGCUGGCCCGCUUCGUGGUGGGCAGCCACGUCAGACACCACCCCAGCAACAAGGAGGACGAGGGGCUGGCCAACGGCAGCGCCACCGAGCCCGCCAUGCCCAAUACAUAUGGUGUGGAGCCCUUGCCCCAGGAGGUCCUGAAGAAGUACAUCAUCUAUGCCAAGGAGAGGGUCCACCCAAAGCUCAACCAGAUGGACCAGGACAAGGUGGCCAAGAUGUACAGUGACCUGAGGAAAGAAUCUAUGGCAACAGGCAGCAUCCCCAUUACGGUGCGGCACAUCGAGUCCAUGAUCCGCAUGGCGGAGGCCCACGCACGCAUCCAUCUCCGGGACUAUGUGAUCGAAGACGAUGUCAACAUGGCCAUCCGCGUGAUGCUGGAGAGCUUCAUAGACACGCAGAAGUUCAGUGUCAUGCGCAGUAUGCGUAAGACUUUUGCCCGCUACCUUUCAUUCCGGCGUGACAACAAUGAGCUGUUGCUCUUCAUACUGAAGCAGUUAGUGGCAGAGCAGGUGACGUAUCAGCGCAACCGCUUUGGGGCCCAGCAGGACACUAUUGAGGUUCCUGAGAAGGACUUGGUGGAUAAGGCUCGUCAGAUCAACAUCCACAACCUCUCUGCAUUUUAUGACAGUGAGCUCUUCAGGAUGAACAAGUUCAGCCAUGACCUGAAAAGGAAAAUGAUCCUGCAGCAGUUCUGAGGUCCUGCGCCAUCCACAAAGAUUCACUGGGAUUCUGGUUUGAGGCAGUCAGACUGAGUGAUCAGUGCCCUCUGUGCUUUAUGGGCACAAAACCAGAGCACUCGAUGAACUUGGGGUGCUAGGGUCAGGGCUUGUAGCAGGAUGUCUGGCUGCACCUGGCAUGACUGUUUGUUUCUCCAAGCCUGCUUUGUGCUUCUCACCUUCUGGGUGGGAUUCCUUGCCAGUGUGUCUUACUUGGUUGCUGAACAUCUUGCCACCUCCGAGUGCUUUGUCUCCACUCAGUACCUUGGAUCAGAGCUGUGAGUUCAGGAUGCCUGCGCGUGGUUUAGGUGUUAGCCUCCUUAUGUGGAUGUCAGGAGAGCUGCUGCCCUCUUGGUGUGAGUUUCGUAUUCAGGCUGCUGCUGCAACCUUUGGCCAGAGAGCUGGUUGAAGAUGUUUAAUCCUGCAGGUUUCUGUGUCCCUGUGGUGGAAGAGGGCACAACAGUGCCAGCGCAGCAGCCUGGGCUCCUCAGUCGCAGGGAUGGGAUGUGAGUCAUAUGGAUUAUCCACUCAUUACCAGCUGCCAUUGCUGCCUGUUUCCCCACUCUCUUACUCGUGCAUUCAGUUUGGUUUCUGUAGUUUUAAUUUUUAAUAAAGUUGAAUAAAAUAUAAA